CUGUCUGUCUCUCUCUCUCUCUCUCGCUCGCUUCUCUUUUCGGCCCCCUCGAGAACGCGAAGACAAGGAGGAAGGCCGCCGGGGGGAAGGAGGAAGGGGAGAGGGAGGAGGUGGAAUCGCGGAAUGGGGAGCUACACCUGCUGCCUCUGCUUCACGAGGAGGUUCCGGUCGAGCGAGGCGCAGCCGCCGGCGGACGUGAGGGCGGCCUUCGCCACCUACGCCGAGGGCGCGGCCCACAUGACCGCCGACCAGCUCCGCAGCUUCAUGUCCGAGGCGCAGGGCGGCGACGGCGCCGACGCCGACGCCGAGCGGGUCAUGGAGCAGGCCCUCCUGCUCCGCCAGCGCCAGCCCCUCCUCGGCAAGCUCGCCAAGCCGGCCUUCACCGUCGACGACUUCUACAACUACCUCUUCUCUGAGGAGCUUAACCCUCCCCUCGGAUCUCAGGUUCACCAAGAUAUGACUGCUCCUUUGUCCCAUUAUUACAUCUACACAGGACAUAAUUCAUACUUGACUGGGAACCAGCUCAGCAGUGAUUGCAGUGAUGUCCCAAUCAUAAAAGCACUCCAGGAUGGUGUGAGAGUAAUUGAGCUAGAUAUGUGGCCCAAUGCUACUAAAGAUGACAUUGAUAUUCUUCAUGGAAGGACUUUGACUUCUCCCGUGGAGCUUAUUAAAUGCCUACGGUCCAUCAAAGAACAUGCCUUUUCUGCAUCCCCAUAUCCUGUUAUCAUAACUCUAGAGGACCAUCUUACUCCUGAUCUUCAGGCUAAAGUGGCUGAGAUGGUCGUAGAAACAUUCGGGGACAUGCUAUAUUACCCUGACACAGAAUCUCUUAAAGAGUUCCCUUCACCAGAAGCUUUGAAGGAAAGGAUCAUUAUUUCAACCAAACCGCCAAAAGAGUAUCUUGAAGCCAAAAAUGUUGAGGAAAAUGAUGAUGGAACCCAAGAGGAGAAGGAAUCUGAUGAAGAAGCAUGGGGAAAGGAGGUCCCAGACCUUCAAACUGAGCUUGAAUACGCAAAGAAUGACCAUGAGGAUGUGGACGAUGGUGUUGAUAGUGAUGAUGAUGAUCAGAAAAAGCCCCAGAGUUCCCCACUUGAAUAUAAAAGUCUAAUCACUAUUCAAGCUGGAAAACCAAAGAGCGAUAUGAGCGAAGCAUUAAGAGUUGAUCCCAAUAAAGUUAAGCGUCUCAGUUUGAGUGAAAAGGAACUUGUGAAGGCAGCACCUUCUCAUGGGUCAGAUCUAGUAAGAUUUACUCAGAAAAAUCUACUCCGGAUAUAUCCAAAAGGCACACGCGUUAAUUCUUCUAAUUAUAAUCCAUUCAUUGGAUGGAUUCAUGGUGCUCAGAUGGUUGCAUUUAAUAUGCAGGGGUAUGGAAGGUCACUAUGGUUGAUGCAUGGAUUUUAUAAAGGCAACGGAGGAUGUGGAUAUGUAAAAAAACCAGAUUUUCUGCUAGAGCAUGGUUCAGAUAAUGAUGUUUUUGAUCCCAAAGCUGAUUUACCCGUAAAGAAAACCUUGAAGGUCAAAGUAUACAUGGGAGAUGGUUGGCAUGCAGACUUCAAACAGACCCACUUUGAUUCAUAUUCCCCUCCAGAUUUUUAUACCAGGGUGGGGAUAGCAGGGGUUCCGGCUGAUACCACAAUGAAGAAAACAAAGGCAGUAGAGGAUAAUUGGACACCUGUUUGGGAUGAGGAGUUCAUCUUUCCCUUAACUGUGCCUGAGCUAGCCUUGCUACGGAUCGAAGUCCAUGAACAUGAUAAGUCAGGGAAGGAUGACUUCGCUGGCCAAAUUUGCUUGCCCAUAUCAGAGUUGAGACGAGGUUUCCGUGCCGUGCCACUCUUUGAUCGCAAAGGGAUGAAGUUUAAAUCUGUAAGAGUGCUCAUGCGAUUUGAAUUUGUAUGACAUUCUUAUUGAGAUAUAUUGUACAUGUUUGUUUUAAUUA